AAGAUGGAGCACCGCACCAAACACAAUGGCCCAAUAGCCGCAGCCGCAACCGCAACACAUAGCCCGCACAUGGCCGGGCGUCCGCAGUACCCGUCACACACAGCCCCACCUUCUCCUCAACCUCAACUCAGAAGGAACUGCCGAUCUAUCCGCCACCAGCCCGCCGCCCCUCCCCAUAUCCUGCAGUACCCGUAUCCCGCCGCCACCGUGAGAGCAGCAAGGGGCAGCGCCAUAGCCAAAGCCGGCUGCCUUCCUCGACUCCACCGUCGAGGCUACCGCCGUGACUCCGUGGGGCGGUUCAGCGCCGUGUCGGCCUCCUUCCUAUCCUGCCGGGCCCCGCUGGUCAGUCUCCUCCUGGACGAGCUCUCCGACGAGGCCGCACCUCCUCCUCGUCCGGCGCGGGCGGCAGCGGGGGCUUAUCCUACGGAGGGAACACCAUAUUGCACUCUAUUCUCCACACACACGUUGUGGUUCUGCUGGGACUCUUCUACCUCCGCUCCAGGUUCAGGUCGCCGGCCACGCGACCGCAGAGGAGCUGCUCCAGAUUCGACUGCAAGAUCAAGCUUCAUAUGUUAGGCGCAAGGUAUCAUGUAUUCGUGUAAUGCAAUAUAUGUACGCAGGUGAGGUCCAUCUUUGCUCAUCCCCAAUUUCACUAGGGAAGCCAACAUACAGCUUCUGGUAAUCCAAUGCCUACCAAUUAUUUUGGAUCUCCAGUAUGAAGGCCUUCCAAUUAACACUUCCGUUUUUGUUCUACCAAAUAGUAAAAAAAAUACUCUAUUAUACAUCAAGUUAUAUGACGUGCAGAUGGGAACUUUGAUGAAUAGAUACACAGAUCCAACUAAUGAUCCAUUAUCAGUGCACACCAUCAGUUUGAUGAAUUGUUUGACCAAACUGCAUCGAUUAAGAAAAGCUUGCCUAGACAUCUGUUGCAGCAUUGGCCAGGACUCUAUGCUCAGCUCUGCUGCCAACAAGUAAGUGUGGAGCUCAAGCAGGUUGCUCAAUGCUUGCCUCUUUCCUAACAGAGUUAAAAUUAUGUUGGGUGGCGGAGUUAAGCUUUUGCUAUGUUAUCCUGCGGAAUUAAUUUACGAAGCAUAUAGCCAGGUUAGUACAUCUAAUGUCCGUGGAGACUACAAGAGAAGAAUUUACAUCCAGACUGAAAUCAAUAGUGGGAAAGUUCAGUAAGAUAUAUACAAUCUCGACACCCAUGGUUUCUCCAGUUAUUGCGUAGUCUUUGUUUCUUACUUCUCUAUGCAACCAACUUCGGCUUACAAAAGGUAAUAUUUUGUAUAGACCAUAGUAACAACUUAUUAUUUAGUUGUUGCUUGGUGUUUGUGGCCCACAACCAAUUUCUGGAGAUUAAAAGUACCAUAGCAUUAUACAUAUUGUAGUCAUGCACUAUUUAUGGUGUGACAAUCCAUGUAAAUAGGAUUUGAUCAGUUUGGAUUCAGUUUCAUGCUAAUAAGUUACCAAUAUAAACAUAUAUUUGGUAUCAUCAAUGUUUAGAAGCUUCACAGCAGGUUUCUUAAGAAGUCGCACCAUUACAAAUGAAAUGAGUAUAUCCUUACUACUAUUGUUUUAAGCGAUUCUAAGAUUUGCUAGCCCAUGGAGUGCCCGGGUUGAUGAUAGUAAUGAUAAUUUCUUUGAAUUUGUGAUAGGGGGAAUACAUAUUUCUAUAUCAGCGGUUGGCUCUUUGACGAAAGUGGCAUUGGUUCGGUGGCUCCAAGGUCUCUGAAUUUUAUAUGUUGGUUGGCAACAAUAGCUCGGAAGGGAACUCUAUAGUGUUUGGUCACAUGGUAUAAUGGUGUGUAGUAUUAAGACUAUGUCGUUUGAUUUUUGUGAUGUUGUAUAGCAGAGAGAAGUUAGUUGUGAUUUUUUUUCUUCAGUUCUUUUUUUUAAUGGGCAUCUAGCUGGCACACUCUGGUGUCAAUAUUUUAUUUGUAAUACUCAUGUCUUUAUCUACAUUUAGUGAAAUCCCAGUGAAUAAGAGUAAGUAUAUUUUGUUCCUAUGUCAUUUAAUUUG